AUGCUGCAGCUAACACUGCCAAUGCCGGAGCUGCAGCUAACACUGCCGGUGCCGGAGCUGCAGCUAGCACUGCUGUUGCCGGAGCUGCAGCUAACACUGCCAAUGCCGGAGCUGCAGCUAGCACUGCUGGUGCCGGAGCUGCAGCUAACACUGCCAAUGCCGGAGCUGCAGCUAACACUGCCAAUGCCGGAGCUGCAGCUAACACUGCCGGUGCCGGAGCUGCAGCUAACACUGCUGGUGCCGGGGCUGCAGCUAACACUGCCAAUGCCGGAGCUCCAGCUAACACUGCCGGAGCCGGAGAUGCAGAUUACACUGCCUAUGCCGGAGCUGCAGCUAACACUGCCAAUGCCGGAGCUGCAGCUAACACUGCCAAUGCCGGAGCUCCAGCUAACACUGCCAAUUCCGGAGCUGCAGCUAGCACUGCUGGUGCCGGAGCUGCAGCUAACACUGCCAAUGCCGGAGCUGCAGCUAGCACUGCCGGCGCCGGAGCUGCAGCUAACACUGCUGGUGCCGGAGCUGCAGCUAACACUGCCAAUGCCGGAGCUCCAGCUAACACUGCCGGUGCCGGAGAUGCAGAUUACACUGCCUAUGCCGGAGCUGCAGCUAGCAUUGCUGGUGCCGGAGCUGCAGCUAACACUGCCAAUGCCGGAGCUCCAGCUAACACUGCCGGUGCCGGAGCUGCAGCUAGCACUGACGUACCAAUGA